UCUAAUAUAAUACCUUUUAGUGUCAUUUGUUGAGUUAUAUGGGUUAAAUAUUAUACUUUUAGAAUAUUUCCGUUUAAUCACUUGGUAAUUAUUUUUAGUGUUUAAAAGGUAAAUUUGUGACUAUGUCAAUUAUUUAGUGAUAACCUAUUUGAAUGGAGUUCGAAAAGAUGCACUAAAUUCGAAUAUUACUAAUUCUGCAGGGCGGAUAUAUUAUUUUGGUCAUAUCUCACUCAUACGGAGUCAAAACGAGACGAUUCAAGUGGCUAUGGAAAGCUGAGAUCGAAAUCUACAACUUUGGAGAAGGAAGCAAGUGCUAAGUCAGCUGUUUACUGGGUCGAAAGUACAUUACAAAGAAGCAGCCUAUAUACAUAUACAAUUACAAAAUGAAAGAAGUAGGAGUCUAAGAGAGAAUAAAAAGAAAACAAAGAAAAGAAACAAAAGAAACAAAAGAAACCUUUUCUUGGUUUAGAAGACACGUAGCCGUACAAGGAAUUAAGGAAAAGAUGGGCUAAGCCCAAGGUUGCAAACAAAAAAAUAAACACUACGGGAGUAUUGAAAGGAAAAAAAAAAUUCUUUAUGAAAAAGAGGAGAUAGACGGAUAAUAAAGGAGGGAGGCGGCAGUAGAGCGACGAAAUAAAGGCGGCAAUAGAGCGACGAAAUGAAGGAAUACGAAGAUUUCAGUCCAGAAAUUCAUCCCCUCAUGACUAGUGAAAUGGCAGGAGAAGGUGAAAAGAGCUUGAAAGAACAUAUGUUCAAUGCAUAUGAGACACCCAUGAGUGUUAUUUUUCCCGCCUUAGAGAAACCAUUAAAACUUGAUCCAGGUUUUAUCGGAAUUCUCCCUAAAUUUUAUGGUCAUGAUAAGGAAGAUGCUCAUAGACAUUUACGUACAAGAAUUUUCUCUUGCUUGCUCUACUUUGUCGUUAAAUGGUAAAGAUGAUGAUGGUAUUAAACUUCGUGUUUUCCUUUUUACUUUACAUGAUUUAGCUAAAGAUUGGUUACUUUAUCUUCCCGUUGGAUCUAUUACUUCUUGGGAUAGCCUUCGGAGAGUUUUUCUUGAAAAAUACCAACCUGCUAACAUAACUAGAUUAAAGGAGACAAAUAUGUAGUAUUGAUCAAGAUAAAAUGAGCAAUUGCAUGAGUAUUGGAAAAGAUUUAAUAAACUUUGCAUUUCAUGCCCACAACAUCAAUUGAGGUGAGAAAGUCCUAAUUGAAUGUUUUUAUGAUGGUUUGUUAGAUGAUCAGAAACGUUUAAUAGAUAUCGCUAGUGGUGGAACUUUGGUGAAUAAAACUCCUACUGAAGCGAGAGAGUUCAUAACUACUACGGCCCUUAACAAUGAAUAAUAUGGGACGAAAAAUAAUUCUGAAGUGAAAAUCCAAAGGCAACAGAAGGAGCAAACUGAACAAAUUGCUGAAUUUAAAGUUGUAGUUACUAAUAUUAGUACUAAAGUUUCUAGUUUUAGUACUCAACAUGAGUCUUUGGAAAAUCUAGUAAAACAACUAGCUCUCCAAAUAAAAAAAGUUCACUCUCAUGAAUUUAAUAAACAACAACAAACUGAAAAUCACCUUCACCAUCUAGAUAACCAAAUAAAACAAAUAUGUACUACUCUUAGCAACAUAGAAAGUAAAUUGGAUGGAAAAGUUUUUGAAAAGCCUAUACAUCACUUGAUAGAUGAAACUAAAGCCAUAACUUUGAGAAGUGGUAAAGAACUUGAAAAUCGAGGUAAGGUUGAAAACGAAGUCGAGGUGAGUCAUGAAGCCAUAGAACAUGAUAGUGAAAAAUUAAAAGGUAACAACAUUGGGCAGAUUAAUGAUAUUAGUGGUGAGAUUGAGAUCCAGAAUGUGGAAAACGAAGUAGUGAAGAUGAGAAAAGAAAAACCUACCAUGGCUCCUUUUUCAAAUAAACCUGAUCCUAGGAAGAUAGUGCCAUUUCCCUCACGUUUUGCUAACUCUAGGAAAGAAGAAUUAGACAAUGACAUUUUAAGGACAUUUAGGAAGGUUGAAAUAAACAUACCUCUCUUAGAUGCAAUCAAGCAAAUGCCUAAAUACGCUAAAUUCUUAAAAGACUUGUGGACUAACAAAAGGAAAAUUCAGAGUGGUGAAAAAGUAUGUGUGGGGGAGAACGUUUCUGCUGUUAUUCAAAAGAAAAUACCUCCUAAAUGUAAGGAUCCUGGGAUGUUUUCUAUACCUUGCAAGAUAGGAAACUAUGAGCUUAAGAGGUGUAUGCUUGACUUAGGAGCCUCGAUUAGCGUAAUGCCUAAAUCAAUCUAUAAAUCUUUGAACUUGGGCCCCCUCUCUAAAACGAACGUAGUAAUUCAGUUAGCCGAUAGAUCACAAGCAUAUCCCUUAGGAGUCUUAGAGGACGUUUUAGUUCAAGUGAAUGAGUUAGUGUUUCCUGUUGACUUCUAUAUUUUUGAUAUGGGUGAUACGCUUGAAUCUAUUGACGUGCCAUUGUUGUUAGGGAGACCCUUUCUCAAAAUCGCUAAAGCAAAAAUUGAUGUGUCAGAGGGUACUAUUUCUUUUGAAUUUGAUGGUGAAAUGAUUAAACUUAACAUAUAUGAUGCGAUGAGAUACCCUUCUAACAUACUGGAUGUGAACUUUGUGGAUUGUAUAGAUGAGGUUGAUUGCAUUAAACAAGAAAAUUUUAACAGAGUUUACGAGUUGUGUGAUAACAGUUUUGAUAAAAAUUUAACAGAAUUGAACAUGGAUGAUUAUCUUCUUGAUGCUACUAUUAUCAACUCAUUCCAUGUUGAAUCUUUUGUUGAAUCUCCUCUCACUGCACAUUUAGAGAAUCAUGUUGCUGCACAAAUUGAUUUUGGAUCUGGAAGUAUUAAUUAUGAGUCGGCAAAUACAUGUGCUAAUAAUAUGCAAUCUGUUUCAAGUUGUGAAUUGCCUGUCAAUACUCAAAAGUUAAUCCCAUCUAUUCAAUCACCCCCUAAACUUGAACUAAAAUCCCUACCUAAUAACCUUAAGUAUGCUUAUUUGGGUGAAAAUGACACUUUGCCAAUCAUCAUUUCUAGUUCACUUUCUGAGUCACAAGAGGAAAAAUUGUUAAAUGUUCUUAAGGAAUACAAAGAGGCCAUACGAUGGACCAUCGCCGACAUUAAAGGAAUUAGUCCUACCUUGUGUAUGCAUAAAAUAUAUUUAGAAAAUGAUGCCAAACCUGUUAGAGAAGCCCAAAGGAGACUUAAUCCUUCAAUGAUGGAUGUAGUAAAAAAGGAAAUUCUUAAGUGGCGAGAUGCAGGUGUCAUUUUUCCGAUUUCAGAUUCAAAGUGGGUAAGUUCUAUUCAUGUCGUGCCUAAGAAAACGGGAAUAACGGUUGUUGAGAAUAAUAAAGGAGAACUUGUUCCUACUAGAGUGUCCAAUGGGUGGAGAGUGUGUAGAUUAUAGGAAACUUAAUCAAGCCACUAGAAAAGACCACUUUCCCUUACCAUAUAUUGACCAAAUGUUAGAAAAGCUUGCAGGACGUUCUUUCUUUUGUUUUCUUGAUGGAUAUUCUGAAUACAUUCAAGUUCCCAUUGCCCUUGAGGACCAAGAAAAGACUACCUUCACUUUCCCUUUUGGCACAUUUGCAUUUAGGAAAAUGCCUUUUGGACUUUGUAAUGCACCAGGUACAUUUCAACGUUGUAUGAUGAGCAUAUUUUCUGACUUGCUUGAUAAUUCUAUAGAAGUCUUUAUGGAUGAUUUUACGGUUUUUGGUGAUGAUUUUGACUUGUGCCUUCACAAUUUAUCUCUUGCUUUGAAAAGAUGUGUCGAGACUAACCUUGUGUUAAAUUUUGAAAAAUGUCAUUUUAUGGUUGGAAAAAGGAGUAGUUUUAGGUCUGUUAUUUCCCUAGGAACACUACAAGAG